GGCCAACGCGCAGCAGCCGAAGCUCUUUGUGGGCAUGAUUCUUAUUCUCAUUUUUGCUGAAGCACUUGCACUUUAUGGCCUUAUUGUUGGCAUCAUUCUCUCUUCCCGGGCUGGUCAAUCUAGGGCAGAUUAAGAAACAUAAACAUCUAUAACUGGCAACCCCUUUUAAGUUCAUAAUUAACACACACGUGGCUUCUUACCGGUUUUGCACAUCCAUUCUGUUUGGUAUAUUUGUUUUAAGGAAAAUUUCCCUACUGUAUUUUCUGACAUAUAUUUCUUGGGCUAUCGUAAAUUUAUAAUGCAAGUUGUCAGUUGCUCAUGGUA